CGAGCUGAGGUGAAUAGGUGUUCCUGUCCAAUGCAGUUUCCUAUGAUCAGAAUUGCAGAAGGAAAAUACAGGAUAGGAGACUCCAAUACACUCAUCUUUGUUAGAAUCCUUCGCAAGCACGUCAUGGUUCGGGUCGGAGGAGGCUGGGACACCCUGACUCACUACCUGGACAAACAUGAUCCAUGCAGAUGUAUAGCGCACAAAAAGAAUCAACGACGGAGUACCGCCGGUGCAGACUUCGGACCAAGAAGCCCCAAGAGAAAGAGUUCUGUGAAGCCAUCUGAUGUCUACCACGCCCUCAACGGCCAGAGUUCAGAUGGUACUACCUCUCCUACAGAGAGUGGAACCACCCGAUCCAACUCACCAACCACCUCUCCGAACCGUCGUGUAAAACCUGACGUCCGACCUCGAAGCGCAGUUAUGUCACCUCCCAGACGACAGAGCAACGGAGAUACAUACCGUCCAAAUAGCCUGAACCUCGGUGUCAGGAACAGUCCACGAAACAGUCCACGUCCGUUGCGCAGAGGAAACAGUUUUGAUUCCUCACCGAAGUUUGUGACAUCACCAGACUCUAGCGACACUUACAGUAAUUCUGACCUUGGUGGUCAUGUCACCCCGACAAAGGACUCUACUUUGAAACGAAACCAUAGUCGUUCCAACCCACGUAAGGUGACACCUGAUUCUGAUAGUACUGCUUAUAGCGAAACAGUGCCUAUGAGCGUCGGGAGCCCCCUCCGAAGAAGGAACUCAACGAAACAAGCAACAUCGAACAGUAACAAGACAUCUCAGACAGCGACAGAAGAGUUCAUGAGGCGCAAACGUCAGCAAGCUAGAGCACAAUCCGUGCAGGGAGCAGACUGUAAGCUUGAGCGUGAAUCAUGUAUCCAGAGUGCACCGACCAGCCCCACCAGGAGACGUGGCAACCCUUUGAGCAGUAGCAUGAGAUCAGCAAGCAGGCCACGCGACUUGGUCAAGCGGGCUGCUGUAGGUGCAGCUGAUGAAAGGCGAAUGGAAAGCGGUGGUGCCCGGGAGUCUCGUGGAAAGACUGUUAAGACUACGGGUGAUUCUAAACUACCAGUAAGAGAAUACAGCCCGAGUCCGAGUUUAAGUCGAAGAAGUUCAACUCCUGGUGGCCUCUCGCGGAAGUCACGCGCUCAGUCAGCUAAGACGAGUAAGGAAAUGGACAAAAGGCGUCUAUACAGUUCAGAGGAACCUGUUAUGAUGAUCAAGCGUGAUGAUGAUGGAAGACAUCGAGUGGACAGCACCAGCAGCUGCGAAUCUAAUGGCAGUAGUGUCAAGUCUGGCUCAAGAAGCCUGAGUGGUAUACCCAGUAAAAGACUCUCUGAAUCCAACACAAACAAGAAGAGGUAUAGAAGUAUAUCCGUAGACAGAUCUAACAGUAACUCUGAUCAAUUUGGUGCUGCUAGCGAACGCAGGAGGAGCUUGUUUGAGCGAGCACACACUGAUCGUACACACAGCGAUCGUACAAACACCGAUCGUAGAAAAUCUCUCGAUCGGUCAAACAGUGGUUGCAAGAAACCUUCGGUAGAACGCCCGUCUCUGCAAGUACACAGAGUACGUUCGGAAAACGUCCAACCAAGAUCUAGGUCACUGUCCCGCGAUUGGCAGACCAACAGUCUUCGACUCCCCAAGACGAGCAGCAACAGGUCGCAACAUCCUCUAUCGAGGAGCUCAUCUGCACGGGGUAGUCCUGUCCGCCGAAGACGAUCAGACAUUCCACUCACACCCAACCAUCUACGACCUGACUCAUGGGACAAUGGAGCAACUGCAAGUGUACCACCAACAUCAACUCGGUCUCGACUCAGACCACCCACAGCCAUUCCGUCACACCUGAAACCUGACCAUUCUUCCAUGACAUCAGUCAGAUCAGACACCCGUCGUGACAGUCGCCCAACAAGAAUCCCCUUACCUUCCGGUCACAAGCGCCUCCUGGAAGCCCAAAGCAGAUCCAGAUCCAACUCACUCCCGACCAUCCUUGCGGAUCUCCUGGAGGCUUGGCAGACUGUUCAGAACAGCACCCGACAGCUUCAGAACAUGGAUCCCUUUGACAUGUCACCGUGUCGAAGCAGUGAAGGUGAUUCCAUCUCCCCGACAUCCUCAGUCCGCACAGCACCAGACCUCAACCAUGACUCAGGCUACGAAGACAAUGCUAAUAUCCUCAAGUUCUCACCAAAUCUUAACAAUCAUCAUCCCGUACUUCCCUCUAUCGAUUCCACUGAGAAUUGAUCAGAUAGACCAAUGACAUUGAUCCUUCCUAUCUGUUACUAUUAUUUCUCACGAGCUGCUGAUUAAGGUCCUCACGCUAGAGUACUCAUCUGUUUCACCAAGCGCUAAAGACCAUGUGAAGUCGUAAAUUGUUGCAAUUGUAGAAGCGCAUCUGUGAAGUUUCUCUUGGCGUAGCUUUAAGAUAAAGAUUAUUGUAUAGAUAAAAGACUAUUAUUUAUUUUGAUCCAACGUGUAAUAACGUAUACGUGUUGUGUGAAUAUGUAUUGUCAUGUUAUUAAUAAAUGUAAACGAGCUUUCCUAGAUGUUAUAAAGUCAAGCAUAAGAAGUGAGUUUAUGUAUUGUACACGUAUGUAAAACAGGUAGAGACAUAAUGUCUCCUAUGAACAGAGCGAGUUUAAUCAGAAAGAAAGAAAGGUCCCGCCAUUAUUCCCUCGUUUGUGCCUUGAUUCUAAAUCUUGAGGCAUGACGUAAUGAUAUGAUAAUGUCCCGGAUGAUAUAAAAGAAGACUAGGAAUCCUAGAUAGAAAGUCAAAGGUUUGAUAAGAAAAGUUUGAGAAUAUAGAGAGGAAAAGGAUUUUCCAAGUACUUGUCUUGUAAUUUUACCGCUAUAGGCUGGUUAGGAAAAUGCCCGAUAUACUAUGUAGAUACGUAUUACCUGAAGAAAGGUUUUAAGAAUAGAUGAAUUCUAGAAUUAAUGAAUUCAUGGCUAAAUUGUAGAUAAUGGACAAAAAGAAGGUCAUCAUUACAAUAUUAUCCUCAUCACUGUGUAGAAACAUUAUAACGACUAGAAAAAAUGAAAACAAAUAAUUAGCUACAUCAUAAAAAUCUAUUUAAACAAAAUAUGAUAACAAGUUCAUAUUGAGGCCUAAUUUUCAAAAUGAAGAAAGAAGUAUGUUGAUUAUGAUGAUAGCUUUAUGGUAUUUUAAAGUCAUAAUUUUGAGAACGCAGUGAAUUGUACGUGUAUUGCAUUGUACCUGGUAUGCAAAUAGUGGUGGAGAAAUAGUGAAUUUAUAGUAGGCCUAGUCCAAAGUUUGGUAUAUGUCUAUUUAAUCGAAAAGGCCUAAAUGAUGCUGCGCUGCAUACUUGUCAUUAAACCAACACAUUAGAUCAUUAUUGCUCCUAACUUAUAUAGAACUUAUCUUAUAUUAGAAGCAUAGAUCUAUAUUUCAUCAACCGUGUGCAAACCGGUAGAUGUCACGAACAUGCUCUUUCCGACUGCGCAUUAUCUGGAGCUAUAAUUCUACAAUUACUGCUUGACAUUCCACGCGCGGUGUUGUUAUCCAUUCUAUCCUUUAGGUUAAAGCGUAUACUAUAUCUAAAUAUCAUGUUUCAAAGACUAUGCAAAUGAGUAUGAAAAGGAUUAAGAAAGUGCCUGCUAAUUGCUUUUUAGUUGGCUUUGAAAUUUUCUUUCUUUUUGGAGCUGAGUUUUGUAACAAUCAUUUUGACUUCCCUGUAUACUUCCGUACAUUUUGAUUAUUUAUAUAUUUUGGCUGAAACGUAGUGAGGAUACGUCAUCCGAUCGUGGUGUUGUAAUUUUUAAUGAGAUACAAGCAUUUUCUUUGGAAAUACUGGAGAUGUUGAAUUAUGGUUUGAAACUGAAGAUUUUUCUUGUUUUUAUCCGUUUUGAGGCAAUAGAACGUAUAAUUGGCGAUGUAAGAAAUGAGUUGUUAUAUUGAUUUGUAUAAAUGUAUAUACAAUAUUGAAAUAAAGAUUUAUGAAGAUGUGUUUAUGAGUAAAGCAAAACUUGUCAAAGGCGAAUUGAAAGAGAAUGACAGAACGAUUGUUUGUAUGUUGAUUGUGUUUAUUAAAAUAUUGUUGUACUUUAUAUGUAGAUAUAUUAUGGUAUAUAUUGUUCUUGUAGAUUUUUCUUUACUUUUGCUGUUUCUUUCCAUUUUGUUAUUUUGCAGUUGUGUAGAUUAUUUUUCAUUAUGUUAUGACUUUUGCUUGUUUGUUCUUUUCUCCAAAGUUUUGUGUAUAUCUUUCACUGUACUAUGCAGUUAACGUCAGUUAAUAUAUUCUUCAAAUAUAUCCCUGUUUAAAGAAAUAAGUGAACGUUUGUAAGACCCUUAAUCAUGUUUAAACAUUAUUAGGUAACUACGCAUCAUUGUAGUUUUAUAUAGCCUUUAAAUAUCUAUGAAUAUGUAAAAGCGUUUGGCAUCAAUUUCCUAUUUUUAAAUCUAGCGGAUUAACGAUUCAUUAUAUGCCCCAUUCCCUAAUUGCUAGAUAAUAGCAACCAGAUAUUUAAAAAGUAGUGAUUUUUUAAAGUUUAGUUACCCGUAUGUUUCUGAACAAAUUUAAUAUAGAUCGAAUAUGUUCAUAUUCCACUUUGUUUGGUUUUUCUCACUAAAUUGCUUUUAAUUUGAAUGGUCUUUAAGAUUAUUUCCCCUGUCAAGAUUCAUAGAAAUGUCCUGCUAUUGUAUUAAAUGUCAUUUAUCUCAAAAAAUAAUGUAUUUGUUGUCUGUACUGUCCUUAACUAUUAGUUAAAAAGAAGUAUAACUUCAACUUUUGUUCUACUCGAUAUUUCUGUUUGUUGUUUUGUCAUGUAUGUUACGAAGCAUCGUCUGAAAUAAAUAUGCUGGCCUAAAGAUGAA